GUAUUUUUAAAACAGUGAUACUAAAAUCAAUUUGCCCGAGGCCCGAAAAAUAUCACACAAAGCAACUUGACAUACUUGUUAUUUUAGUUUAGGUAUAGUACCAAUACCUACCAAACAACAAAAUCGUUUUGAAAAUCUGUACAUAAUUUGAGUUUUUAAGUAAUAAUAGAGUUUUAAUAAUUUUAUAUAAAAAUAAAAGUUUUCUGUAUUGACCAUAGAACUAAUCUUUCUGCGUCCAACGAGUUUUUUAAGUUUUGAAACUGCUGACAUAGUUAAGUGUAAUUUUACCGAUAGGAAAUUAGUGCGAUGACGGCAGUUAACGAAGAAGAAUAUGGUAAUAUGCUAUUAACUGAACCGAUUUCGCCUAGUUCUAGCGAUACGAAGUCACCACCCGCUUACGGGGGUAUCAGUGAUAACAACAAUUAUCUGAACCCGGAGGAUAAGCAAUCUAAUUUAAAGGAAUCACAAUACAGUUCUCAAUACAAGUUCGACGAUAGUCAUAUGUUUCAGCACAUGGAUCACCUACCAAUACCUAGAUGGAAUGAAAAAUCCAACGAAAAUUAUACAUACGACCCGAACAAUCCAGUGGUUGUUAAUUAUGAAAGACCAUAUUUUAGCGUUCAUGUUCCGUUUGAAAUAACGCCUGCAGAGGAAAAUAACUCCCUACCUAUCAGCACAAAAGAUUGUGAAAAAAGUCCUCGACCUCUUCCAAGUCCGAAAGUAACAAAUAUCAAUAAUCCCAAAAGAGCCAGAACCGCCUAUACGUCUUCUCAACUAGUUGAAUUAGAAAAAGAAUUCCAUUACAAUAAAUACCUUUGCCGUCCUAGAAGAAUUCAAUUAGCACAAACCCUUAACCUCAGUGAAAGACAAAUCAAAAUAUGGUUUCAAAAUAGAAGAAUGAAAUACAAAAAAGAUCAAAAGAACAAACCUGGUUCGCCUGAUCAUAGAGCGUCUCCGGUAAUAUCUUCAUCUUCUAAUAAUUCAAGUCCUGGUUCUAAAUCUAGGCUGCAACCCAAAUCUGAAGAUAACGCACUAGUAGAUCGUCUGUUAAAUCAUUCAGUCGCAGCUCAAAAUCAGUAUAUACCGCAGACUUUGCCAAAUUACAGCUCACCUACUUAUUGUCCACAGUGGGAUCGAGAAAGACCGAGUUAUUCCGGCCAAUACCUUCCAAACUGUGGAACCAACAUGUACAUAGAAACUCAAGUAGAAAAUGGUUAUUCGUAUAACUCCAACAUAAAUUAUUAUCCUAUUAAUAGUUAUGAAACAUACCAAGAUGAUGGCAACAAACCUCUUUACCAACCUUAUUUAACGGUUAAAAAGGAAGGAGGAUCUAGAUUAGUUGGAGAGGAACAUGUAGAUCACGUCGCGUAUGAACACAGAUCUGAUUUUAAUAACGGAAUAAAUAUUCAAUGGGAACAAGGACAUUUGGGAAACAUUACUCCUCCAGAUAGUUUGACCCCCUUGUGAUUCAAAUUAAUUUUAAGGUACUAUUAUUUUAUGCGCUUGAUUAUUGUAAUUUAUACAUUUUUAUAAAAUAAAAUUUAUAUUGUUGUUAGGUUUUAUCACUUCUUUUG